CGAAGUUUUUUUGUUUUUUUUUGAGGUGCAUGUACAAGAGAGACAAACAGGUGGUCGGUGAUAGCCGGUUUUAUGUUAGAGAAAUUGUACUAAUAGCGCCAUAAUCCUAGAAUCGGACCAACUCCCGAAAACCGUAAAACCCUGACCCGACCCAAACAACAAUCACCAGUGUAACCCGGUAUUUCUAGAUCAUCCUUCCCUCUUGCUAUAUAAAGGCAAAAUUUAAGAAAAGAAAGGUCAUCCAGAAUUUUAUUUUUGGUCAACAGGAUUUCACUAUCUAUAAAAAUGUCUUUUUUAAUUUUUUUCUUCGAAUAUACAGUCGUUGAAUGGAUUCCGUUAUCGCCCCGUUGUGUUUAUUUAUUCCUUUGAAUUGUAAUAACAAUAAGAAAAAGAGCUAUUAUUGUUAUUAUAAUAGUAAUCAUAUUUUAAAUAUUAGUUUUAAGAAUAAAAUACGCUGUUCAGUGCCAUCGAGUGCUGGAAUCUUCAAUUUAAAAAAGUUCACUGCAGUUAGCUUCCGUUACGAUCACCGUCACCGUCGCGGGAGUUCCAGUUGUUUGAGACGUGCAGUUAUGGAUUCGUCAAACUCGGCUUCUUCACCUGACAUGCAAAAGCCUAAGAUCGUGACCGGUCCUGGCGGUUAUGUUCUUGAAGAUGUUCCUCACUUGUCGGAUUACAUCCCUGAUCUUCCUACAUAUCCUAAUCCGUUGCAAGACAAUCCGGCAUACUCUGUUGUCAAGCAAUAUUUCGUCCAUGUAGAUGACACCGUUCCUCAAAAGAUUGUUGUUCACAAGGAUAGUCCGAGGGGAGUACAUUUCCGACGAGCCGGACCACGUCAAAGGGUGUAUUUUGACUCUGAUGAAGUUCAUGCCUGUAUCGUGACAUGCGGUGGACUUUGCCCUGGACUUAACACAGUGAUUAGGGAGAUAGUAUGCGGCUUGUACCACAUGUACGGUGUGAAGAAAGUUUUAGGGAUAGAUGGCGGAUAUAAAGGAUUUUAUGCUAAAAAUACCGUGCAUUUAGAUCCUAAGGUGGUCAACGAUAUUCAUAAACGUGGUGGAACAAUUCUUGGGACAUCACGAGGUGGUCAUGAUACCUCAAAGAUUGUCGAUAGCAUUCAAGAUCGAGGUAUAAAUCAGGUGUACAUUAUCGGAGGAGAUGGAACUCAGAGAGGGGCAGCUGUAAUAUUUGAGGAAGUUAGGAGGCGUGGCCUCAAAGUUUCAGUUGCUGGGAUUCCUAAAACGAUCGAUAACGACAUCCCGGUUAUUGAUAAGUCCUUUGGCUUUGACACUGCUGUUGAGGAGGCUCAACGUGCCAUUAAUGCUGCUCACGUUGAAGCUGACAGUAUUGAAAAUGGAAUUGGUCUUGUGAAGUUGAUGGGUCGCUACAGUGGUUUUAUUGCAAUGUAUGCUACUCUUGCAAGCCGAGAUGUGGAUUGCUGCUUGAUACCAGAAUCACCCUUUUAUCUGGAAGGACCAGGAGGACUUUUUGAAUACAUCGAAAAACGGCUUAAAGAAAACGGGCAUAUGGUUAUCGUGAUAGCAGAGGGUGCUGGACAGGAGCUGCUUUCUGAGAGCAUACAAUCAAUGACGCUGAAAGAUGCCUCAGGAAACAAGCUUCUCCAGGAUGUGGGGCUAUGGAUAUCGCAGAGGAUCAAGGACUACUUUUCAAAACAAAGGAAGAUGCCCAUAAACCUCAAGUAUAUAGAUCCUACAUACAUGAUUCGGGCUAUUCCAAGCAAUGCAUCUGAUAAUGUUUACUGCACACUUCUUGCUCAAAGUGUUGUUCAUGGAGCAAUGGCAGGGUACACCGGCUUCACAAGCGGCCUUGUCAAUGGCAGGCAGACAUACAUACCAUUCUAUAGAAUUAUAGAGAAACGAAACGGCGUUGUGAUUACGGAUAGGAUGUGGGCAAGGCUUCUGUCUUCAACGAAUCAACCAAGCUUUUUGUGCCUCAAAGACUCCAUUGAAGACACAGGCGAUGAAGAGCAAUCAAAUCAAUUGUUGGAGAAUGGACAUUGUGGCGAAGAGGGUUCCCUCAUUUCAAAGAGAUGAUCAACUGAGGUGAUAAUGUGGCGGUGAAUGCUUUCUGCAGGCAGGCGAGGCUUUAGGUUAACACAGUAUUGUAGUAUUAGGAUUGGUCCAAGGGACCUUUUGCUUGGACUUUGUUAUUUAGGAGGAAAGAAAUGGACUUUUAUAUGUAUCAGAUUUAUUAAUUAUUAAAUAAUAGUAUUGUGAACGAUAUGAUAUGUAAAGUUUUUUUAUUUUUUUAACUAUCAAUUCAGCUCCACUCUCUUUAUUAUC